ACCUAUUUCAGAGAUCAAAUUACAAUGGCUGCAAUGUCUCUGUUGAGUUUCGAGACCCCGGAAAGAAGAAGGUCUAGUGUAAACUUGGCUGAGAUGCAUAGAAAGGUCAGCCAGAUCGAGCAUGAUGAGAUACAAAAGGUCACCAGUUCUGUACUUGAGAAAACAAAUCUCUGCCCUAAGCUGGGUAUCAUAUGUGGAUCAGGUCUUGGUGGUUUAGCUAAUGAGAUUAAGGAUCCUCAGGUAAUACCUUACGCUGAGAUCGAGGGAUUUCCUAAAUGCACAGUUCAGGGUCAUGCUGGUAAUCUUGUCCUUGGUUAUUUAUCUGGUGUUCCUACUGUAUGCAUGCAGGGAAGAUUGCAUUUCUACGAGGGACACCCAGCAUGGCUGGUUACAAUGCCAAUUAGAAUGAUGAAGCUAAUUGGCGUUGAGACUCUCAUUGUAACGAAUGCAGCAGGUGGUCUUAAUCAAGAUUAUAAAAGUGGCGAUGUAAUGGUAAUAAAGGAUCACAUUAACAUGGUAGGAAUGACCGGCCAUCAUCCUCUGGUGGGGCCAAACGAUGAUAAGUUUGGUCCACGGUUCCCUGCUAUGACAGUCCCUUAUGACCGGGAACUAAGACACCUGGCUCUUCAAACUGCAGAGGAGCUGGGCUUCUCAUCUUUCAUUAGAGAAGGAGUCUAUCUCAGUCUAAGUGGUCCAAGCUAUGAGACCCCAUCUGAGUCAAUAUUUAUGCGUAGUAUUGGAGCUGAUACAGUAGGAAUGAGCACUGCACCUGAAGUUGUGGUAGCAAGACAUGCUGGGAUGAGAGUACUAGGGUUUUCAAUGGUUACUAAUGUGGUUAUUCUUGAACUAGAUUCAGAUGCAAUCCCACCAACACAUCAGGAAGUGAUGGAUACUGCAAAUGCACGAGCAAAAGACCUUCAGCUCCUUGUUAAAACAAUUGUAGGAAAACUAGCAAGCACACUUUAAGUAAAACAAACAAAUAGUGCCAAUCUUUGGUGAAACAAUAUGUGACACAAAUGAUUUGAAAAAAAAAUUUUUGUCUAGUCUA